CGUACACACUAGGCGUCUAUAUUUUAUAUCCGGUGUACCCGAGUUGUCGCUAGGGCGCAGACUCGAGCCAAUCGGGGUCGGCCGGCUCGCCAGUUACUUUUCGCGAUUCACCGUGGCCGCUCUUCCGCGGCGCAGGUAGACAGACGGACGACAGUCAGUUAGUCGGUUGGUGAGACGGAGAGAAAGGGUGUAGGAGAGAAUCGGUGGGAGAGUAGAAAAGCGAGGGAAAGAAAACGCGACUAGAGAGCGAAAAGGGGUGAAAACGGUGGCAUACAAAAGAAAGGAAGAAAAAAUAAAAAAAAAAAAGACAAAAGGGCGGAAAGCACGAAAAGUGCAGAGGGAAAAAGGAAAGGGGAGAUUGAGAGAAAGAAAGAGGGAAAGAUAGAGAGAGCGAGAUCAUAGGUGCUAGCCCCCGUACCGGAGUCCGCAUUCGCCGCACAAAAGCACAACUUGCGCACUGUUGCGCCGCGUUACCAAGCUACUGCGCGAGCAACCGAACUGUGCCGCUCAGCCACCCCUGCCGAGCAGUCGAGUGCUUUCGUGCGGAGUGUUUACGUCGUCGCGCGGGUAAACACGCACGUUGUCGCGAGACUCGUAGCUCUAUCCCACGCAUUCCUACCCCUUUCUCCUUUCGGCGUGGAUCAGCUGGACGCUUGUUCGCCUCGCGUCGUGCGAGUGAUGUCUCGCGUUCUACGAAGGUGAGAGAACAAUUUCGCGAAGCCGAGCGUGUGAUCGCGAUCAAAUACGCGUCUAAGAAACUAUGCGCCUUCGACGGCAGAAUCUCCGAAAUUUAAACUAUUAAACAUCUCGACGUGUCGCUCGUUCGCGAAUUAGAGAGACAUUAGACUGACGUUCUCGCGUCAAAUCGUGUGAAACUUUACGGACCUUACGGUUGUGUUUUGAAUUUACGUAAAUUCGUUUCAAGAGUUCCGUGUUUCCGAUUUAGUCGCGUUGUGGUAGUCACGCUGAUGUGCGCGCUCGCGAGAAAUUGAGAGAUUAAGAUCGCCGUGGAUUCGCCAAAACGACGAGCUAGAAAAGCAGCGGAACCGUGACAGUGCAGCAGUGUGCGACGAAAGUUGCAACGAUAGGUGACUGACUUAACUCCGAGUUUGCUCGUAUGUAUGCACAUCGGUGCUCCGAGCGGAACUCUCACGUUGCAGUGAAUCGAAUCGCAUGAAUACGCAGAAAGACGGAAAGAAAUAAAGAGAGGGAGAAAUAGAUAGAGAUAGACGUUGAUCUCAUCAUCAGCGGGUGUCACCGCAUCAUCAUCGUCAGGCAAGGUGUACAUGUGUGAACGUACGUAGUAGUCGUCUGUGCCUGACGUACACUCGCGCGGCAAAGUGACUACCCCGAAGUGCAACGGUGAUAAGAAGAUACAGCCACGCGACGUGAUCGUUAGCAUAAAUGACAAGCGUAGCCAAGGCAUCGAACUGAGGACGAUUUCUGAUCUAUCCAACGGAAACCACAUCAGCUCUGCUGAAUACGCGGAGGCUAAUAAGCAGAUUUUGACCACCAGUCUGACGCAUCACUAUGCUGUAGUGAUGGACAGCGAGGGUACUUUGGGCCGCGGUCAUGCAAAUGGGGGCCGUGGACUGCGCCGUCAACGGUCCCUGGAAUGGAGAGAACGGCGCGGUUAUGGAGCUAGUGCUCAAUCCAGUAGCGAUGAUGAAGAUAACGCACGUCACGCAGUGGGGUCCGUGUCGAGUUCAUCUGUUGCAAGAGGCGCACGUAGUCCCGGUCAAGUCUUUGCCUCCAUUUUGGCACAACAAUACGGCAAUGCGGGAGACAGAUCGUACCGUACGGGAUCCGACACGGAAGGCGCAGCAACCACGGACAACCCAACACCGCCUCCAACCUUGACACCAAAUCAUCGGCAAGCUUCUCCAUUUCCCCUCGAAAGCACAAACUCUCGCCGGCAUCAUUAUAACGGCAGCAUAUCUUCCGAGAGAUCUCGCAACGGCAAUGAUACCGUUUACGCGGCGCCCGCAAAAAAGACGGCUUCCGGCGGUGGUACCUUAGGUCGAAGAACACGCCGAGGUCACGCAAGCGCUUUGAGCAGUAGUUCUACUGCGAGUGACCGUUCCGAAACUGUCUUCCCCGAUGAACACACUCGCAUACAUCUUACUAAUGGUCUGCCCAGGCCUAUUUACUUUACAGAUACCGGUAGGGAUUCGCCUCCGGAGCCCGCACCGCCGGAAGUACCACCGCGUGGACCAUCUUUACACGCAACGCAUACUUUACGCACGCAACAAAAUCGAAAUGGUUGCCCACCAAACGCAGGAAAUUUCACUGUGCCAAGUGAUCAAAUGCCGACCGAGACAUAUUCGGAGUACUUGAUGUCAGGAAGUCCACGGAGUUAUCCAGCGCGAUCCCCAGGGGUAGCUUCCACGCCAACCGUGACCAGGCUUCCACCACCGCAACAGCAAGUGACGGUGGGUUCUCUGGGCGGCGGUUUAGGUGGUGCCGGAAAUGGCGGUACCGCUACAGUAGGCGCGCAAGGCCAAGCUAUGGUGAUGCCGGGUUUUCCACUUCGCGCCGCAGCGGUGCCGCAUUAUUCCCCGUAUUCGCCGUCGCGCUUUCACAUCGAUAAACGUUGUCAGCACAGAUGCUCUUGGAAAUGCUUCUCGAUCGCCCUGAUACUCUUGGCCGUGGCGCUUACAGCAAUGCUGGCAUACUUCGCUGCAGUGAGCUCAAUGCGUCCGAUAGACAGUACUAACUGCAUUCUGGUUCAAGAUAUCAAGGCUGUCACUCACGAAAACGCACACAUUCACGAUUCGAUAUCCACGCAGAUACCCACAGAAGAAUCUCUACCGACGAGCACAGCGGAACAUUCCAGCGCUGCAGAUAGCGCCGGCGAUCAACAAAGCGAUCCGCAGAUCCAACAAUCUGCGCAGCAAUGGCCGGCCGUGCUCGAGCUGCAGGCCUACAACGUCGCCCAUUCCGCCGUCAUUCCGCCGUACCACUUUUGGAACACCGAGUUCCGCAACAAGCAGCCGGCAUUCAUCAGGCUGAAUUUGACCUUGCCGUGGGGUGCGAAUUUCGCCGUGUACGGCAGGCGGAACGUUGCGCCCAGCGUCACGCAAUACGACUUUGUGGAGUUCGUGAAGGGUGGCAGGGUAGUUCACAGACUAAAGAGGGACGUGACUUCCGAGGCCGUCAGUUUUAUGCAGUCCGGUAGCUCGCAAGACGUACACGCGGAGCAUACGGCGCAACCGGCCACGUCCUAUCAACACGUUCUCAUCAAGAGAACUAUCGUGGAGCCGCUAAUGGUCAACGUCAGUCUGCUGCAAUAUUUCGACACCGGCGACUGGUUCCUGUCUGUCUAUAAUGAUGAACUGCAGCCUUACAAGGUGACUUUAGUCGUUACGGAAGCGGAAGGAGUCUCCACUACCUGUCCCAACGACUGCUCCGGACGUGGAUCGUGUUACCUUGGCAAGUGCGAUUGUAUAGACGGAUAUCAGGGUGCUGAUUGCAGCAAAAGCGUGUGUCCGGUUUUGUGUUCCUCUCAUGGACAAUAUGGUGGUGGCAUGUGCCAUUGCGAGGAGGGCUGGAAAGGUGCCGAAUGUGACAUACCGUUAGGUGACUGUCAAGUUCCUGAUUGUAAUCAGCAUGGUCAAUGCGUUAGAGGAUCCUGCGUUUGUAAUCCUGGCUGGAAAGGCGCCUUUUGCGACGAACCCGACUGUUCCGAUCCGACUUGUAGCAGCCACGGUGCCUGUGUCUCCGGCAAAUGUUACUGCAAGGCCGGCUGGCAGGGUGAGCGAUGCAAUCAGGUCGAUCAGCAAGUAUACCAGUGUCUGCCCGGCUGUUCCGAUCAUGGCACGUACGACCUCGAAUCUGCGGCCUGCGUUUGCGAGGAGCACUGGACAGGGGUCGAUUGCUCGCAGCCGAGUUGCGGUCUGGACUGCGGACCUCACGGAUCCUGCGAGCAGGGUCGCUGCAAAUGCCAUGACGAUUGGACUGGAACGAAAUGCGAUCAAAAACCAUGCGAUACACGUUGCGCCGAACAUGGCCAGUGCAAAAAUGGAACCUGUGUAUGCAGUCAAGGAUGGAAUGGAAGGCAUUGCACAUUACCUGGAUGCGAAAAUGGAUGCAGCCGCCAUGGACUAUGCACCUUACAGGACGGCGAAUAUAGUUGCGAAUGUUCGACCGGAUGGGCCGGUAGAGAUUGCAGCAUACGACUCGAAUUGGAAUGUAAUGAUUAUGUUGACAAUGAUGAAGAUGGCAUGAUGGACUGCUCUGACAGCGAGUGCUGCUCGCACGACGCUUGUUCAGAACAUAUCAUGUGCCUUGCUAGUAAUAAUCCUGUGGACGUUCUUCUUCGAAAACAACCGCCCAGCGUCACGGCGUCCUUUUAUCAACGAGUCAAGUUCCUCGUCGAGGAGAACAGCGUGCAGAGCUAUGCCCACAUGGACGAGUACACGGAAAGUCGAGUUGCGGUGAUGCGAGGCCAAGUUGUUACCGAACAAGGACUCGGAAUAGUAGGCAUCAGAGUGUCCGUGGACAGGGAUUCGCGCUUCGGAUUUACCUUGACCAGAGCUGAUGGAUGGUUCGACGUCCUGGUCAAUGGCGGAGGCGCCGUGACGCUUCAAUUCCAACGCAGUCCCUUCAAGCCUCUUACGAGGACCGUCUUCGUACCGUGGAAUCAGAUCGUCGUCCUGCCACCCGUUGUGAUGAUCCUCAGCAAGGAAGGCGAAUCGUAUAAAUCUAACCAGCCGCCGAGCCCGGCAGUGGGCUUCCCAGGGAUUUCGAUGGGACUCUUUAGUGAGCAUGGUCCGUGCUUGGAGCACGACCACGAGACAUUACGACCUAUUAUCGUUAGCACAUGGAUGCCUGAAAAAGUUGGUGGUUUGCCUGGAAAGAGCUUGGUCUUUGCUGAAAAUCAGAUUGUGCAAGAAAGCAUCGCUAUUCCGGGCUCCAAUCUCCACCUGAUGUAUCAAAGCAGCCAGGCUGCGGGCUAUCUCUCUACAGUGAGAAUGCAACUGACUGGGCCGUUUAUUCCGAAAUCGCUGACGCACGUACACGUGCACGUGGAGAUCGAGGGCUCGCUUCACACAAAAACAUACGAAGCCGAUCCGAAUUUGACGCACACGUUCGCUUGGAACAAAAGGAAUGUUUACAAGCAGAAGGUGUAUGGUGUGGCGCAGGCAAGGAUCUCGAUCGGUUAUCAGCAUUCCACUUGUCCGUCAGUGAUAUGGGAAACGCAGACGGCCACUCUGCAAGGAUUCGAUGUCGAUAUCUCUGAUAUCGGCGGCUGGGGACUCGACAUCCAUCACCAUUACAACUUCCACGAGGGGAUCUUGCAGAAAGGCGACGGUUCUACUCUCCAUUUCAAGCAGUAUCCUCGCACUGUGAAAGUGGUAAUGGGUACCGGUCUCCAGAGAACCUUAGUAUGCCAGAAUUGCGAUGGUCUUGCUAAGGAUGCUAGACUCCUGACGCCGGUAGCGCUUGCCAGUGGUCCCGAUGGCAGCAUAUAUGUUGGAGAUUUCAAUCUCGUGCGUAGAAUCACGCCCGAAGGGAAAGUUUAUACUGUCUUGAUUUUAAGCGCGACUCAAGUAGCAUAUCAGUAUUAUUUGUGCAUCUCGCCGGCUGAUGGGCAUUUGUACAUCAGCGACCCCGAAAAGCAUCAAAUAUUGAAAGCCCUCUCGCUCGAACAAGUUCAGGAUCCUAGUAUCAAUAUCGAACCCGUUGUUGGAAAUGGCGAAAGAUGUAUUCCGGGUGAUGAAGGACAUUGUGGUGAUGAAGGACCAGCCAUUCAUGCGAAAUUGGCUCAUCCCAAAGGAAUCGCAAUUGCGGCUGACAAAACGAUGUACAUUGCCGAUGGAACGAACAUUCGUGCGGUUGAUCCGCGAGGUAUUAUACACACGCUUGUAGGACAUCAUGGUCAUCAUAAUCAUUGGUCACCGGCGCCCUGCAUUGGAGCCAUUCCCGCACACCAAGCUCAAUUACAAUGGCCGACUGGACUAACUCUGAGUCCACUGGAUGGAUCUCUGCAUUUUAUUGAUGACAGACUAGUCUUGAAACUCACCAGUGAUUUGAAAGUGCGUGUGGUUGCUGGUACACCUCUUCAUUGCACUAGUAAUGCAAAUAGCAAUAGUAACAGUAACGGAGAGCUGCCGAAAUUGAAUUCUUCGAUUACGACGAACUUGAAGAAACCGGAUGAAGUGCUCGGAUCAGUAUUGGCCGUUGGCUUUAGUCCAACCGGGGAAUUAUAUAUAGCGGAUCGCGAUUCUCACCGAGUGAACUCCAUCAGGAUCGUUGACUCUUCUGGAAAAAUGUCGCAUUUUGCAGGUCAGCAACAAGAAAGAUUACGUGGUCAAUGCGAGUGCAAUAACACCACACCUAGCACUAAAGAUAUGGAUACAUGCGCCUGUACGGAUGAUACCAGCAGCACUGAGACACUUUUAUCGUCGAAUGCCAAGUUCAUUGCAAUAUCCGCGCUGGCGGUUUCACCGGAUGGUAUUUUACACGUUGCCGAUCAAGGUAGUCUUCAUAUUUUGGCUCUUCAACCAUAUCUUCCGAAUCAUGACGAGAGCGGAGAAUUCCACAUUCCGUUCCCGCCUUCGAACGAAAUCUACGUAUUCAAUCGUUAUGGCCAACACAUUUCUACAAAGGAUUUGACGUCCGGAAAGACUCGUUAUUCUUUCUUGUACAGCAAGAACACGAGCUUUGGCAAAUUAUCCACGGUGACGGAUAGUGCGGGUAAUAAAAUUCAAUUUCUACGAGAUUACAGCAGUGUCGUUAGUUCUAUCGAAAACACUCAGGAUCACAAAUCUGAGUUGAAGAUCUCCGCGGUUGGAUUCUUAGAAAAAUUAUCCGAACGUGGUAGAGCAGAAAUUGCUUUGGGUUAUGACGGCUCAACUGGUUUGCUUACCAGUCGAUCAGGAGGCGAUGAAACGUACAUAUACAAUUAUGACAGUUUAGGACGUGUCACCGAUGUAAUACUGCCAACAGGUGAAAAAUUAAAAUUAUCAUCGGAUUUAUCUGACGAUGAAGGUUUAACGGUUAAAGUGUCUGCUCCAUUGCAAGCCUUAUCAAAAGGCGACAAACAGCGAAUUAUAGAAUUUAAGAUGAAGAACGAGAAGUCGAAGAUGUUAACAAUUACUGACGGUACUAAGCUCAUGAAAGCAGUCGCAUUUACAAACAGCAGCCUGGAAGUGUUUUUACCUGGUAGUGGUAGAAUAUUAAGCGCGGCUACGACGAAGCAUCCGUUAUUAGAAGCAGCUUUGCCGGUAGAAGCGGAAAUGUUGCCUAUGUGGAGCUAUCAAUUGAUGUCGCUGGGCGAAUUAACAAACACCAUGACGACGACAUAUAAUCUGGUCGGCGAUGUUAGCCACCCCCAGCAAACACUCAACAGAGAAAUCUGGGUGAAUGAUACGCGAAUGAUAGGCGUAGAAUUCGAGCAAGCAUUUAGCCGCGAAACGUUUUAUGACAAAGCGGGAACUCCGCUGUUGACAGUAACUUUUGAUCCAGCUGGUCUACCUUUAAUCUGGCAACCGCAUGAGCAGGGUCAUAAUCUCAGCAUCACUUACGAUCGAUUCAAUAGAAUUGAUAGCUGGAAAUGGGGUGCCUCCGAUGAAUCGUACGGUUAUGACCGACAUGGCCAAUUAGCAGAAAUUACCAACAGUAAGGACGGCACGAAACGAUACACUUACAAUGAUUUGAAUAUGCUGUGGAAAAUCACGCUGGCCAGCAGCAGACAGUUUACGUUACAGUACGACGACGAUGGUGGUUUACGACACAUUAUUCUGCCAUCGGAAACUAAACAUUCUUUUUCUUGUCAAGCUUCUCUUGGUUUUCUCAGAGUGACAUACACUCCGCCUGGUAGCACUAGAGCCUAUUUGCAGCAUUAUAGUCAUGAUGGAAAUUUGCUGCAAACCGUGUUUCCAGGAGAUGGAGCUCGUACCGUCUAUAGAUAUCACACCUCCGGUCAAUUAGCAGAAGUUGUUCAUGGCGAUGGCAAGAGUGAAAUCAGAUAUACCGAAAGUGGAUUACCUUCUGAAGUGAUACAUUCUGAAAGAGACGUGGAAUACAAAUGGGAUUAUCAGUAUAGUGCAGGACUCCUAGUGGAAGAACGUAUAGAUUUCGGCGCUAAGACCGGUCUGAGCAAUGCCAAAUUCACGUUUGAAUAUGAUUCGAAUUUCCGUCUGAUUGCAGUACAAGGUAGAAUAGGUGGGCAGACGUUGCCACCACACACCAUGGCUUAUAAUCCGAGAUCAGGAAUGCUGGAGCAGAUCGGCCAAUUUAAAGUGACGAGACCGCAACCUAAUGAGACAACUGUGCUUGAUGGCACAGCGCUAUUUUCGCGCACUACAGACGACAGAUUCUUGGAAACUCAGGUCACGGUUACAAUUCAUCGAAUGGAAGUUUUCAGAAUGGAGUUUACGCACGAUUCGCGCGGCCGUAUUAAUCAGACGAGAACAUACACGCGCAAUGUCGCCGUCAACACGUACACUAAUGUGAAGAAUUACACGUGGGAUUGUGACGGCCAACUGACUGGCGUAGAGGCACAAGAACCCUGGGGUUUCAAGUACGACGCGAAUGGCAACAUGUUAUCACUUACGUAUCGAGGUAACACGAUCCCGAUGGAAUACAAUAAUAUGGAUCGAAUUGUUAAAUUCGGCGACGGUCUCUACAAAUACGACAACCGAGGUCUAGUAGUACAAAAUGCAAGAGAGGAAAGAUUCAAUUAUAAUGCCAAAGGACUUCUCGUGCGCGCUACUAAACGCGGUCGCUUUGAUGUACGAUACUAUUACGAUCAUCUAGAUCGCCUAGCCACUAGAAAAGACAAUUAUGGCAAUGUCACGCAAUUCUUCUACAACAAUCAGAAGCGCCCACACGAAGUGAGUCAAAUAUACAGUCCGCGCGAUGGUAAAUUGAUGUCGCUGGUUUACGAUGAUAGAGGACAUCUUAUAUAUGCACAAGUAUAUCGCCACAAAUAUUAUAUCGCCACUGAUCAGUGUGGUACGCCCAUUAUGAUCUUUAAUCAAUAUGGAGAAGGCAUUAGAGAAAUUAUGCGAUCGCCGUACGGGCAUAUCGUUUACGAUUCAAAUCCUUAUCUUUAUUUACCGGUUGACUUUUGUGGCGGACUUUUAGAUCAGGUCACAUCUCUGGUUCAUAUGCCAAACGGGAAAGUUUACGAUCCGCUGAUAGGCCAGUGGAUGUCACCGCUCUGGGAGAAUGUUUUAGAUCGUAUAAACAAGCCCACACAUUUACAUCUUUAUAGAUUCAAUGGAAACGAUCCUAUUGAUGUCAGACAUACAGAUAGACCGAGUCAACCAACUGAUCACAUAUCAUGGCUGUCGCAUCUCGGAUAUGAUUUGAAGAGUUUAGCACCGCAAUUAUUCCCGGACGAACUGCCAGACAGUCUUGUACCACAAGCGCUCGGUCCGGGUACGUCUAUUUUCGGUAAGAAGAAAAGAACGCGCAAUCUAGGUGUCCAAUCCGGUUUUCUCGCAUAUAUCGCCCAGAGGCAUUCAGGCGACGCGGUAAGCUUAUCGGCACCUCCGCGAUCGGCUCUGAAGAAGGACACCAGCGAGCUGAUACCCAGCCGUCUCGGCGCGGCAUCCGAUCCUCCAUUCGGCAAAGGUAUCCUGGUAUCAAGGACUGCUGAUGGUCAAGCGGUGGUAUCCAGUGUACCGAGUGCUAACGCUAUUUACGGCGACGUAUUUACAUCUGUAUUUAAUCGUUCAUACUUCCUGCCAUUCACAUUUGUCGUACACAGCGCACAGCAAGACGCCUUCUAUUUCGUUAAGGAAGAGACCUGGCGGGCUAGUGAGGAUCGUGGUCAAUUGAAACGAUUGGGCGGUCAGGUAAAUACGACUUUCCACGAGAACGAGAACGGCAGUGGCAGCAGCUCGCUUAUCGAUGUGAAAAUACAUGGCGCCAGUUAUGUAGUGAAUCUCCGCUAUGGCACUACAGCGGAAAAAGAGAAGCAGAGACUGUUGCAUCACGCGAAGGCAACUGCUAUCAGAAAAGCGUGGCAUCGAGAACGCGAGGCACUCAAGGCGAACACUCCUACCUCGGUUGAGUGGAUGGUCGCCGAGCAAGAUGAAAUACUAAAGGUUGGCCUCGCGUCCAAUUACGAGGGCGAAUACAUACAUGACGCGCAGCAAUAUCCCGAACUUGCAGAAGACCCUUACAACAUUAGAUUUGUAAAGAAAGUUGUGGAUCAGUCGAGUAAGAAACGACGUCGAAGGAGAGGCGCGCCGUCCUGUAAAUUCUGGUGGUUGGACAAGAUGUGCUAGAGCGACACUAUAUUCAAGAGUCAGUCGUAUCGUCCCCCUCGCGCGGGGACAUUGUCCAGUAUCGAAAUCAUAGGAACUUUCGUGUGAACGAUAUUACGGAGAGAAAGAAAGAAAAAGAAAUGAAAAUUGACGAGAGGGUAAAAGAAUCGAGCGAGUCGCUGUAAUGCGCAGCGUCCAUAUAUGUAUAUGCAUACGCAUAUAUAAACGUGUACUGAACACUAUCAAAAAGUUUUAUACCAAAGUCUAUUUGUGUAUUUCAAAGAUGCCAAAAACACUAUAAUGUUAUAUUAUAUAUAUUAUAAAUAUAUAUACACCGCGCGCGAGAUAUAGGCUAUAUAGUGUGUAAGAGCGUUAAGCACACGCGGAGGAACGCGAAUUUCAUCAAGCAUUCGCUCCAUAGACCAGCUGCGCGACCGAUCCGCGAUUGGCAGAUCCGCGAAAGCCUUAUAAGCGACGGCAGGAUAACCGGGAAGAAAGGAUAAUCGGCAGAAUAUACCGGAAUGCUGAUUGUGUGUGUGUAUGUAACCUGGAAGGAAAUAAAAAACAUUGCGAGAUCCUUCUAUAGGUUUAGCGCAACAUGGAUACAGCUGGAGCUCGUUGCUAGCUCGCAGGUCUGAAUUAAAAUUACAGAAUCUGUAAUUUUUUAGCUAUGUUCGCAAGGCCGGCAAGCUCGUCGAGCUUGCGCUCGAGGCCUAAGUAAACGACGGCGGACCGUAGUAUUGUGCGCGUAAACUGUACGACGGUACACCGCAUCGAUACAAGGUAAUAUAGGUAUAUUGUGAAAAGUGAAGAUAGAAAAAAAAUCGGGAUACAGGCCAUUUGUUGUUGAGAGUGACUCGAGUGAGAGAAACUAGUCAAUACAUAGCUUUACGUUGACAUAGAAAUCUUUUUCGGUGUAGAAUAAAUGCAAGGAGAAUAUAAAUCAGAACAGCAUUAUUGACGUUGACAAUGACGUGAACAAGCUACGUGUAUGUUUGCCCGACUGGGUCCAUUUAAUCCGCGAUAUUUUAACGUCGGACGUCGUAGAAAAAACUAUGAUAGGUGAUGGAAGUAUAGGUAACAGCAGAUUGCGAUCGCUGGGAAGCGGCAGCGAUCGCGAAAACAAAUGCGGGCGGAAUAAUAUGUCUCAACAAUGAAUGGCCCCGAUGAAGAAUAGAAAAGAACCGAGAAAAAGAAACUGGAAGAGAGACGAUCUCCUUUCAGUGUCCUAAAGGGGACGAGAAAUGGCGAUCGUGCGGACUCGAUCGCGCGGUCUCGAGCUUGAAUUCCGUUCGCGGCUUUAGACAGUUAAGAAUGAGACGAAUUUGUAUUAUAAAGUGGUGCUUUUCUUGUACGGCGAUAGAGAGAAUGAGAGAGAGAAAGAGAGAUUUGAGAGAAUAUUGAAGUAGAAUGAUAAAUGCGACAAUGAGCGUGUAUGAGAAUGUCGGAUACCAAUAGCGAGACUAAACGUAUUUUUAACAUGUGGAUGUAUCCUAUCCGUAGCGCAUAAGUGUUUCCGAUUGUCGCCGAUCGGAUGAUUUAUAUCGCACUGUUGUGCGCGCAGGGAAAUAGUCACUUGGGAUCGACGAUAGAUAUCCCUUGGUGGAAUUCGGGGAUCGCGGAAGAAGGAAUGUGUCGUAUGAUGUCUGCGUAUAAUCCAGAAACAAAGAAAAUGUGAAAGAAGGGUAAACUCAGAUUUUAUCGAUAAAUAAUAUGUAUACAAUAUCGCAUAUUUGUGCUUGCUGGAUAUGAACGUAACGAAUGUAAACUAUGUUCCCUCAUCGCGAGAGUACUCUAAAUAUGUGUAUCCAAAAUUACUGCCCGCAAAGUACCGAUCGUUUUGCCUGUGUGUGUGUAUGUAUGUAUGUAUGAUGAUGAUGAUGAUGAUGAUGUGUGUGUGUGUGUGUGUGUGUGUGUGUGUGUGUGCAUGUACGCGCGCAUGUGUAUGUGUAUAUGUGUGCGCUGAUCGUCCGCGCACAAAGCCCAUAUACGUGCAUUGAACCAGGUUAGCAUCAGAAAUCUCUCUCGAUACCAUUGAUUCUCCUCUUUUUUCUCCCUUUUCCUAUAAAGAUCCCGAAUUUAUCGAUCCAUCGCGCGUAUUGUUUAUUCGCGUCACCAUGAACGUUCGUACUCGCCAUUGAUAUUUUGCGGCUUAGAGACGGUGCCGUUUAUGGAUAGUUAGUGGCACAACGAUAUUGCUGUCUGAAUAGAUGAAAGAUAAAAAGAAACCGUUAUCUAUACGCUGAAUGUAUAAAAAAAAGUAUAUAUAUAUAUAGAAAGAGAGAGAGAGAUAUAUAUAUACAUAUAUAUAGGGAAGCUUCGUAAAACGUAUUUUUAACUCAAGCGAGUGUUUAGACCUAUACUAUCCAAUCAACGCAAAAUUCUAAAAGACGUCUAAAAGAUGUCCAAAGGAUGUUCGAGAUAUUAGGACGUCUUUACUGCUGCUUUUAAGUAUUGUGUUGUUUGGACGAUCCCCAACACCGCGGUCCAAAACGAGUUCAUCGGAGACACAUACACGCGCGCGCGCGCUCGUGCCAUCGAGGUCGCAAGGACGAUCCUUUUUGUACAUUUCCUUUUUGUACGUUCUCGUCGCACGCGCGAACGCGCGUAACAACGCGCAAAACUGAAAUCGCGCACAUUAAUCUAUCUUUGCGCAUGUUCAUUAUCGCGUUUUCUCACGAGAACGGUUGCGCGAACAAACUCGAUCAUCGGGUUGCAUUCCUGCCUCGCUUAUCUAAGAUAGUCGGAAAUGCUCUAUUUCUAUUUUGUUUUAUUUUAAUUUCAUCUCACUAGAAAGCAUUCAUCUAGAAAAUAUAUAUUAUGAAAACUUUAUUCUAAAUUUUGCAUUUGAUACUUUACGUGCAAUUGCUUUUGUUUCAAUUAUGAAUCAUUAACUGAACGUUUGAAUCAUCCCAAUAAUGAUAAUUCUUAGCUAUAUUGAUUAGUCACAAUUGUAAUAAUGAGCCAAUUAUCGCUUUUGAUUUUGAUAAGAGAAAGAUAACUUUCGUCAAUUUUCCGAAGACUUUGGUUGCCUCUGGACAAGCGAAAUAGGAGUGCUUCGACACAUUCGUGGACAUCUAAACACUCAUUGUCCCUCUUCGGCCAGCCAGCCUCUCACCUGCUUUCCACUGUCCCACUGCACUCUUGAUCUUCAAUCGUAUUAUUGGCUCCAGAAUGAUGCGAUGCGUUCAAGAAAAAUCGACUAUUUUUAAAUAUCACGUGUCAAAUUAAUGAGCGGGCCAGCUAUGGAUACAUGUAUGGACUGGGUCCUCCCUAAAUUCGACUCGAGGCCCGACCGAUUUACGCGAUUAUAUUAUUAGGAAAAAAUUCACUCUCUAACUUCCGUGAAGUUUUAUCUCUCGUUUUUGCGAACUCGUUCCAGUUCUAGAUUCCUCCCCCGCGGGCGGUCACGGGGGACCGCGACAAUUCCGCGUAUUUCUCUAAAUUAAAAAGAAAUAAAAUAAAGUACGUGAAAAAAUAAUUAUAUGAAAUAAAUAAAUAUAUACAUAUACAUGUAUAUAUAUAUAUAUAUAUAUAUAUAUAUAUAUAUACACAUGUGUAUACACACUUAUAUGAGAGGAGCUAGAGUGGCCAAUUAUAGCAGCCAUUACCGAUCCAUGCAUUGCGGCACGAUUGGUUUUUGAGAUGCGCAAUUUCAGACUCGAGCAAGAUUACACGCCGAAAAAAAGGAAAACGUAAUCGGAAAUCAUGACGGAAAUUGAUGUGAGCGAUAGAGAGAAAGAAAGAAAGAGAGAAAGAGAGCGUGAAAGUGAGAGAUAUUGAAGAGUGAGCAAGCGCAAAAAAAAAGCAGAGUCAGCCACGCUAAUGCUACUACGACCACUAUCCUAGAUAGAUUAUGCUACUUUGCCGCUGAUCUAAUUGUUUACUGUCACGUGUUGCUGUAAACCUAAACCUAACGAUACGAUAUUAUAUAUAUUUUAUUUAUAUAACGUAAUCAAUUGUAUAUUUAUUGUAAAUAGUCACGAUGUUUGCUAUGAUAUAAUAUAUCUGUAAUUGGAUGGAACCUGCCUGAAACUGCGCUCAUGUCAGCCCUGUCUCCCAGCAGCUAGAUCCAUUUACAUACUUAUACAUCAAUACAAAAUAUAUAUAAUGCAAUCACACGUACACGAAAAUACAACACGUCACAAACACGCGGUAUCGAAUACCGCAAUCAUUAGUGAUAAUUUAAAAGAGAGAUGGAGAGAAGAAAAUAGAUAAAUCAGUAAAUAGACAGGUAAAUCAACGCGCAUCAUGUACGUUGAAUUAUCACUACGUCAAUAUUUCAUAAUUGCAUCGAUAAAGCGAUCGAUUUCAUGUAAGACGCUCCAUCUUACUGUAGGAAAAGAAAAAAAAA